AUGCAGCCGGGCUUUCGACCGCGUCUCCAGGCCAGGCCGUCACUGGUGGAUCUGCUGGAACGGGCGCGGACCCCCCCUGGAUCACCUGGCACAGGCGCUGGCACGCCCUCUGGCACACCGCGGCGGCCCGCCACAGCGACGGGCAGUGGCAGCUGGAGCUACUUCAGCGGCAGCGGCAUUGGCAGCAUCGGCAGCCCCGGCCAGGGCACCAGCAGCAGUCCUGGCAGUCCCGGUCCCAGUGUCGGCAGCCUCCCAGCUGGCACUGCAGGUGGCGGCGGACAGGGUGGGAGCUCGAGCUUACAGCGGGUGCAGCAGCUGGGGCAAGCUCUAGCGCAAGCUCUGGAGGAGCCGCUGCCAACCUCCCCACCGCCUGCGCCCACUGACGACAACACCGCCGCCCUGGACAGCAACAGCCGCCGUCGCAUCAGCUUCAGUCCGCAUCCCAGUCCCAGCGAGCAGCCGCCCUCCUCCCCUCAACCACUCGCAACCCCUACCAUCUCCAUCUCCCCAGCCAUAGCCGAACCCGCAGCGCGAGGUGCAGAGGCGGAACAAGACGAAGACGACGACGAAGAAGAAGAAGAAGAAGAAGAACAGCAACAGGAGACCCCAGCUCCACCACCCAGCAAGACGGUCAAGAUGGCUCCCAAGACAAAUGGCGAGUCCGAUGGCUUGAACCAGGGCAAGAUCUUCUCCAUCUCAGGUCCCGUCGUCAUCGCCGAGGACCUGAUCGGAGUGGCCAUGUACGAGCUCGUCAAGGUCGGCCACGAGAGCCUAGUCGGUGAGGUCAUUCGCAUCAGCGCCGACCAGGCCACCAUCCAGGUCUACGAGGAAACAGCUGGCCUCACCGUCGGUGACCCCGUCCUCCGCACCGGAAAGCCUCUCUCCGUCGAGCUCGGCCCCGGCCUCCUGCAGAACAUCUACGACGGCAUCCAGCGGCCCCUCGAGACCAUCUCCAAGAACUCCAAGAGCAUCUACAUCCCCCGCGGUGUUGCCGCGCCCGCCCUCGACCGGCAAAAGAAGUGGGAGUUCACCCCCACCCUCAAGGUUGGCGACCACAUCUCGGGCGGUGACGUCUGGGGUACUGUCUACGAGAACUCGUUCAUCAAGGUGCACAAGAUCCUGCUGCCCCCGAGGGCGAGGGGUACCAUCACCAAGAUUGCCAGCAAGGGCGAGUACACGGUCGAGGAGAAGAUCCUCGAGGUCGAGUUCAACGGCACCAAGACCGAGCACGGCAUGAUGCACACCUGGCCCGUCCGUGUGCCCCGACCGACCACCGAGAAGCUGUCGGCCGACCAGCCCUUCAUUGUCGGCCAGAGAGUCUUGGACGCCCUCUUCCCCAGCGUCCAGGGUGGAACCGUCGCCAUCCCCGGUGCCUUUGGCUGCGGAAAGACCGUCAUUUCCCAGUCCGUGUCCAAGUUCUCCAACAGCGAUGUCAUCGUUUACGUGGGCUGUGGCGAACGAGGAAACGAGAUGGCUGAAGUCUUGAAGGAUUUCCCCGAGCUGUCUAUCGACGUCGACGGCCGCAAGGAGCCCAUCAUGAAGCGCACGACCUUGAUCGCCAACACCUCCAACAUGCCCGUCGCCGCCCGUGAGGCCUCUAUCUACACCGGUAUCACCGUCGCCGAGUACUUCCGUGACCAGGGCAUGAACGUCGCCAUGAUGGCUGACUCCUCAUCGCGGUGGGCCGAGGCCCUUCGUGAGAUUUCCGGUCGUCUCGGUGAGAUGCCUGCUGAUCAGGGUUUCCCCGCCUACCUCAGUUCCAAGCUGGCCAGUUUCUACGAGCGUGCCGGAAGGGUCCAGUCUCUCGGUUCGCCCGAGCGCGAGGGUAGUGUCAGCAUUGUCGGUGCCGUCAGUCCCCCCGGUGGUGAUUUCUCCGAUCCCGUCACGAGUUCUACCCUCGGCAUCGUACAAGUCUUCUGGGGUCUCGACAAGAAGCUGGCGCAGCGAAAGCAUUUCCCCUCCAUCAACACGUCGCUUUCCUACAGCAAGUACGACAACAUCCUGAGCAAGUGGUACGAGAAGGAGCUCCCCGACUUCCCCCGCCUGCGUGACCGCAUCAAGCAGCUGCUUUCCGACUCCGAGGAGCUCGACCAAGUCGUGCAGCUGGUAGGCAAGUCUGCCCUGUCGGAUCCCGACAAGAUCACCCUCGACCUGGCCACGCUGCUCAAGGAAGACUUCCUGCAGCAGAACGGUUACUCCACAUACGAUCAGUUCUGCCCGCUCUGGAAGACGGAGUGGAUGAUGAAGCUGAUGAUGGGCUUCCAUGACGAGGCACAGAAGGCCAUCGCCCAGGGCCAGAGCUGGACCAAGGUGCGCGACGCCACCAGCGACCUGCAAGCCAAGCUCAGGACCCUGAAGUUCGAGGAGCCCAGCGAGGGCGAGGAGGCUGUCUGCAAGAAGUACGAGGCUAUCCAACAAGAGCUGUUGGACAAGUUUGCCGCCGUGAUGGAUGAGUAA